UGAUGAUGGCCCUACCUUCUUUUCACACUCCGUUGCUUGCGUUAUGCCUGUCGGUGUCUGGAACAAUAUGAGCUUGCUCGUCGAUAACACGUUCGCCAUGCCCGUUUGUGGGGUUCGUCGUCCCAAGGUCGCGUGGUGUGGGCUUGUCCUCAACCCCUCCCGUCAUUCCACUGUCAAUGGCAAGCCUCCCACGACCGCCCUUCCCGUUCAUCUCUUUCGCAGACGUUUCUUUUUAUUUGACCUGUAUGCAUAGACGAGAGCCACACAAAUUCAAGAAACGCUAUGCGGAAGUAGCCGACGAGGACUCGAAACCACCUAGCAUAAGAGGGAGUAAAUAUGGGAGAAACGAGGACACUGCGUCCUACUUUCUCCUUUGUGUCGCAAUCCCCGCUCCUUUUAGUGUAAAGCCAUUGGUGAAUAUUGUUCGGGUUGGGGUUGAUAUCUCUUCCGAGCCAAUGCGCGUGGGUGUAAUAUUGUUCUGCGUUGGCUGUUGUUUUGGUUUUGAGAUUUUUGGUGCUUUCCAGUCGGGGGUGGACUGUGUCGGCGUGCAUCAUUCUAAGCAUCCCCCCCAUUGCUCCCUCAACCCCUCCUCCCCACCUACUCCUUCGCCCGCAUCUUCCCAUUCACAACAUACAUCUUCUUAUUCGCAACAUGCGCCAUCGGAGGUGCUGGUGUUGACGGGAGCUGUGCUGCGGAGCUUAAGUGCCGCAGCCGGCUUCUUAGGUUUCUCGGCCGCCGCUUUUUUGCUGUUGAUCUGCUUUUUCUCCAAACCAUUACCAUUGUAACCACCGCUGCCCUCCCCAUGCACCGCAUUGUCGGGGUCUUGAUCGUUUCAUCCAUCCCGUUCUGAUUGCCAUCACCGUUACUACCCUCCCUGCGCGCCGCCAUAGCGUUGUCAACGUGGCUUCCAUCUGCUUCGUUCUGCACGCUGUUCCCCUCGCUACUCUCCCCACCACCCGUCAUCAUAUCAGCGCCAUUAGCAUUCCCUUCAUCCACUUCACCACCACGCCCUUCGUCCCCAUCUUCAGCGUUCCUUGUUUCUUUGUUGUUGUUCUUUUUGUGUCUCUCACC